UGAAAGCGGCCUCAUUGGAGAUCUUCAUUUUUCAAAAGACUGCUGCGUCUCCUCUUUCUCCUUCACACCAAAAUCUUCUCAUCGAAUCAGAUCAGCCAUGGAGGACGAGAUUGAACUGAAAACUGCCCCUGCUGAUUUCCGGUUCCCUACAACGAACCAGACAAGGCACUGUUUCACCCGUUACAUUGAGUUUCACAGGUGCACAACUGCAAAGGGUGAGGACUCCAAUGACUGCGAGAGGUUUGCCAAGUACUACCGCGCUCUCUGCCCUGGGGAAUGGGUUGACAAGUGGAACGAGCAGAGGGAGACCGGAACUUUCCCUGGUCCUCUCUGAUUCAAGCAAUAAGUCUCUCUUUUUAUCAUUUUAUGCUUAAGGCCAGAAGAAGGUCGUGUGGAUUUGUUCACACCCAACUCUAUCUUCCGUUUUGAACAUUUUUUCUGGAUGAUCAAAUACAAAUAAAUUGGAAAUGUUAUGAAAUAACUUAUAAUUUAUAGUAUCGAGAAAUUUAAA